CAAAUUGCUGCCUUUUGCAUCCUUCUGCUUGACCGAUGGACUGUAAAUGCCUCGCGUGCGUCUUGCCACCGCUGGCGGAGACCCCCCGCCCAUGAGCGGGCGUUGUGCCACUGCAGAGCGCCAUGUUUGCCACGCUGCGAAGGGCUUUGGCCUUGCUGGUGUUGAUUGCUGUGUACCAGUUCUAUACCAUGCAUCGCUCCCUUCGUGCGUCGCCACCGCCCGAUCUGGGGGCUCCUCCAACGGAGGAACAGCUUCCAGGGUGGAUCGCCCUGGGCCCUAAAGAUUUGGCCUUCUUCUUCCAGACCAAUCAGGUCUCCCGUCGGAUGGAAUUCUCCAUCGCCAGCGUGCGAAGGCACUUUCCCGAGGCACCCUUCUAUCUCAUCAGUGAUGGGGGGCCCUCGUUUCAGAGCCUCGCGGAGAAGUGGACGAUCCACGCCUUCCGCGCGGAGAUGCCGAUGCACUUGGCUCAGUACAUGAACGCCAACUUCACGUGUCAUCGGCACCUCUUACGCCUGGCGGAUGCAGCUCGCUGGGCACGCGAACAAGGGGCCAAGUACCUGAUGAUUUGGGAGGAGGACACUCGGAUGCUGAGACCUUUACGCGGCUUGCCAGAUGUGGACCUCGCGACCCAAGGCAACAUUGCCAACACCCACUUGGGGCUCUUUACGGCGCGGACGGCGGGUUCGCCGCAGCCCGGCGACCCACGGCGGAAGAGGCAAGCCGAGCGCUACGCAGCCCGAAACGGAUACUCUGCUGGGCCUGGGAGCGUCUUCAAGAUCACCACAUUCUUGUCUGCACUGGAGAAGAGUGAGGACUCGGAUCUGGAGGAGAUGUAUCCUGUUCAAGACAUGUGUUGGGAGGACUUCGCCUUGUCUGCCAACUUGUCUGUGAAAAGGAACCCCGAGGAUCAGCAGAUUACAGGCCUCUUCGGCGAUCUCGACGCUGCGCUGCUUCCGCCGCCCGGGCGGAAGCCAGACGCGGCCCUGCGUGGGAAGCCAGACGAGUCAGUGGAUGUGGAGCGGAACCUGCAGUGCUUGGGAUGCCUGGAUUCUUGCAAGGUGCGAUGUGCAUGUGGACCGAGCUGGUCCUGGUCUGAUCGGUUCCUCUACCUGAAAGCGCAAGUUCCACAGCUCUGGAAUCGCCCGUGGUCCAUUUGGCGCCAGUCGCAGCUCCUGUGGGAUCGACCCUGCGAGGAUUGCCAUGUGGGAUUUGCUUGCUGGGACUCCUGCCGCGAUGGUUGUUUGAGCCUUUGCCCUGCAGUGGUGCAUCCACACAAGGGGACCACUUUAGACUGCGAGAAGGAACCCCUUCCCGCCAGAACGGUCCGCUGGGACGAAAACGCCGAAUUGGGGUGGCAGGGCGAUGGGGCCAAAAUGGUUGAUUUGAUCUGGUCCAUCAACACCAUGUAA